AAGUAAAUUUGUGAUUUUCAACAAAAGACUUCCUGGGCUCUGUCUUUCGAUUCGAUGAUACCUAUGAUGUGGUUUGGUUUGAAACAAAGUUAUAGUUAAAUGUUGUUUAAGAAUUAUAAUUGUAAUCCUAUACGAAAUUCAUUUCUCUUUAAACAACAACCUCGAUUUUCUCACUUCACUCUCAAUUCUUCAUCAGCAAAAAUGGAGUCCAUUCAACAAUGUGUAUUAGUACUAAGCGGAAAAUCUGCCAAUGAGAAGGAAGUAGCAAAGUCUUUGAAGGAAAGUAUGUCCCUUAAACUUGCAGAUGAUGUUAAACUAUCGACGUUUUUGCAAUCCGAGACAGAAAGACAUCGACAAAAAGAUGAGUUUAAUGUCGAUAGUUAUAUGGCGUCUCUUAUGACUACGUGUUUUGGUAGAUUUCUUCUUUGGUCUCCGAGAUUGCCUUCAACACAAGACGUGGUGUCUCUCAACUUUUCUGACAUUCCGAUAGGUUCGGUGUGCAUUGCAGAUGUUCAGUUCAAAGGACGAGGACGUUCGCAAAAUGUAUGGGAAUCUCCUAAAGGUGGUCUUCUUUUUUCGUUUACGGUACAAAUGGAAGAUGGUCGUGUGGUGCCUCUUGUGCAGUAUGUUGUGUGCCUGGCUGUGACAGAAGCAAUUAAGGAUAUUGUCUUAGAAAAUGGCUUCCCCCCUCUUGAUAUCAGAAUAAAGUGGCCCAAUGAUCUCUAUUUAGACGGCCUUAAAGUGGGAGGAAUUUUGUGUACAUCAACAUAUAGAUCUAAGAAGUUCAAUGUUUGUGUUGGUGUAGGCUUGAAUGUUGACAAUGAUAAGCCAACAACAUCCUUGAAUGCGGCGCUGCGAAAGUUAACUUUUGGUUACCAGCUGCAGAGAGAAGACAUUACAUCAGCCUUCUUUAAUAAGUUUGAGCAUCUUUUCCAUACUUUGAUAAACCAUGGCUUCAGACCGCUUGAGGAACUGUAUUACAAGACCUGGCUCCAUAGUGGGCAAAGGGUCGUUGUCCAAGAAAAAAACGAAGAUCAAGAAAUGCUAAUGGAGAAUGUAGUUACUGUUCAGGGGUUAACAUCUUCUGGAUAUUUACUCGCCAUUUCUGAUAAUGGUGAGAUGUGUGAGCUUCAUCCAGAUGGCAAUAGUUUUGACUUUUUCAAAGGACUGGUAAAAAGAAAACAUAGCUGCUAGACUUUGUUGAUAUAUGUUAGAGAUUACAGUUAUACAACGGAAGUGCAGCCUGUUACAGAGAGGUCUUACGGCUCAAAGUAGCAGUUUCAUGGCUUGUUUAAAAAUAGACAUCAAAUUCUUGCCUGCUUUGGCUUAUAGUUUUUUUCUGUUAGUACUUUUCCUUCUAAUAUCGAUUGUUGCCAUUUUUGUUUCUUGUAAGAUGCUAGAAUAUCUGUAAUUCAAUAUUUCAUUUACCA